ACACACCAGACGAUGCGUUGACUGAGCGGAGGAGAAGAAGAAGAAAACCUCUCCCAGCCAGCCGUCCUGCCUGCUGCAUGGAGGAGGAAGAGGAGCAGAGAGGAGCUGUUUCCCUGCACUGAGCUGACCUCCAUCCUGAUGAUCUACAGUCUCCUCCUCCUCCCAACCUCAAUUUGACUCAACACCUCAGACCUCAACAACCUCCUUCCCUCUGCCUCACCCAAGCCUUGACCUUUGACCUAACUGUUUCCUCCACGACAACAUUAUGUAUCUCAGAUGUUUUGGAGGACAAAUCUGCAGCAUCCCUGACACCUAAACACCCUCCUCCUCCAUCAGUCUAACUCUGGCUGGUCAGGACUGUCCUCCCUUAGCCACCAUCUAGUCCGAACCUUCAUUCACUUCCUGUCCCAUCCUCGUCUGGACCUCCAGCCUCCACCAUGUCGGAGGGGCUGCUGCAGGUGGAGAUCCCGGACUUCGGCAGCAGUGUGCUUGGCAGCCUGAACGAGCAGCGGCUGCUGGGUCACUACUGUGACGUCUCCAUCCUGGUGCAGGGUCAGGCCUUCAAGGCGCACCGGGCCGUCCUCGCCGCCUCCUCCCUGUACUUCAGAGACCUGUUCAGCUCUGCGGCUGACUCCUCUUCAUCAUCCUCUUCCUCCUCCUCCUCCCAGGCGGUGUUCGAGCUGCCGUCCUCUGUUACGCCGACGUGUUUCCAGCAGAUUCUGUCGUUCUGCUACACAGGACGCCUCAGCAUGGCUGCCAGCGAGCAGCUGGUGCUCAUGUACACCGCCGGGUACCUGCAGAUCCAGAACAUCGUGGAGCGAGGCAUGGAGCUGAUGAUGAUGAAGGCCUCUUCCUCCUCCUCGCCUCUCUGCUGCGACUCACAGACAACCUCAGCAGACGAGCUCGGGGGCUUCGACACCCCACUGGUCCAGCAGCAGCACAGCGCCCCCCAGCUGCAGGAGGCCAGUCCAGACCAGCCGGCCCUGAGCCCCGAGGAGCUGCUGCUAGCUGUCAGCAGGAUCAAACAGGAGAGAGCCGACACUCCUCCUACUGAGGAGAAUGGAGGAGGAGCAGCAGCAGGAGGAGAGGAGGCCAGGGUGGACAUUGCCGGGGACCUCCAGACCUCCAGGAGCAGCGCUCUGUGUUAUCUGGGUGCAAGUGGAGGUUUGGUUCCAGGGCUGCAGUCCUACCUGCUGGCAGGCGGGGGGCGAUCCAGUCCGGGAGGAUCCAGUCUCCCCACAGACUCUCCCCCCUCUCAUCCCCCCACUGAGGAGGAGCUGGAGGAGGAUUACUACGGCAACACUGUCCACCCUGGACUCUACCAACACAUCUACGGACAUCCCGGAAACCCUUACAUCCAAGAGAAGAUGGAGAUGCUGCCGCUCCCGUUGGCUAACGAGCGUCGGCCCUGCGUGCUGGUUGGUCGAGAUAACAUGGCCCUGCCUGCCAGUCUGAUCAGUCAGAUCGGGUAUCGUUGUCACCCGUCGCUCUACACUGAGGGUGACCCGGGGGAGAAGGUGGAGCUGGUGGCAGGUUCAGGUGUGUUCAUGACUCGAGGUCAGCUGAUGAACUGUCACCUGUGCGCCGGCGUCAAACACAAGGUGCUGCUCAGGAGGCUGCUGGCGACGUUUUUUGACAGAAACACUCUGGCCAAUAGCUGUGGGACGGGGAUCCGCUCCUCCACCAAUGAUCCAAGCCGAAAGCCCCUGGACAACCGAGUGUUAAACACUGUUAAACUCUACUGUCAGAACUUUGCUCCUAACUUUAAGGAGAGUGAGAUGAACGUCAUCGCCGCCGACAUGUGCACCAACGCUCGCAGAGUCCGGAAACGCUGGCUCCCAAAGAUCCAGUCUCUCCUCCCUGACGGCCUCCCCACCUCCGCCUCCUCCCACCCCCGUAAAGCUAAGAGAGGAGGGGGAGGAGGAGGCGGAGGUCAGGGAGGAGAGGCUGUGGUGCCUCCCAGCAGCAGCCCCUUUGAGCUGGACCUGCGGCAGCUCAGCGCCUCCUACCUCGGCCUAGAGGCUCCGCUGUACGCCGAGCGCCGUGAGAGGGAGGUGGCGGGGGAGAGAGAGAGGGAGAAGGAGGCGCCGGCCACCCUCCUGCCUCACCUGCAGUUUGCUGGGUCUCGUGCGGGGGGCGGGGGAGGCGGGCAGGUGGAGGAGGAGCUGAUGGCAGGCGAGGCAGAUGGGGGAGGGAGGCUACAGACUGAACCACCCUCAGACCUCCCCCUCUCCCUGUCCUCCUCCUCCGCCUCCUCCUCUUCCUCCUCCUCCUCACACCCCUCCCCCCAGCCUGCAGAGCCCGCCCCUCCUCACAGAGGAUUGGCCGACACAGAAGAGAGGGGGGCGGAGCCUUUGGAAGACAGCCAAUAAGCUUUCUAUUGCAUCUGCCUACCUGUAUGUAAAUAACACAAUAGCUACCUGUCCCCCACCUGUCUGUCUCUACCUGUCUGUCUGUUCCCCUACCUCACUACCUGUCUACCUCUCUGCCCCCUGUCUGUCUGUCCAACCUACCUCUGUCGACCCCCGUACCUGUCUGUCUGUCUACCUGUCUGUCUGCUCGGCUCUGCUGCAUGUUAACAGCCUCCUGCAGUCCAGCACAGGCCCAUAGCAACAGGACUGAUGAUGAUGAUGAUGAUGAUGAUGAUGAUGAUUAUAUUCACUCUGACGAUGACAAUAAAGCUUCUUGAUAAUCAGA